ACGUUUAAUAACUCUUUUUAUACUAUCGAACGACGAUUUAUACUUUUCAAUCCUUUGUUUUUAUGCAAAAAGGCAUCGAUGAAGUAUAUUUUUAUCAAAAUCUAAAUAGAGCGGGUUAUUCUAAAUAUUUAUCGCCGAAAGAUAUUACGAGAGCAAAUAUCAUUAAUCCGAAAUGCCGCCAAAACGAGGAAAGGUACAGAAGGAAGAGGUCCAAGUUUCUCUUGGACCGCAACUCCGUGAAGGAGAGGUAGUUUUUGGAGUGGCUCACAUUUUCGCGAGUUUCAAUGACACGUUCGUACACGUUACUGAUUUAUCGGGCAGGGAAACAAUCGCCAGAGUUACUGGUGGUAUGAAAGUGAAGGCGGACCGUGAUGAAGCCUCGCCCUAUGCAGCUAUGCUUGCAGCUCAGGAUGUCGCAGAAAAAUGUAAAUCGCUAGGCAUCACAGCGCUGCACAUCAAACUGAGAGCUACAGGAGGUAAUAAAACAAAGACUCCUGGUCCUGGUGCGCAAUCUGCUCUGCGUGCUUUAGCCCGUUCGAGCAUGAAAAUUGGUCGUAUCGAAGAUGUCACCCCCAUUCCAUCAGAUUCGACCCGUAGAAAGGGAGGUCGCCGUGGACGCAGGCUGUAGGUCAUGAUUAUAGCUCUCUUUCUGCAUCUUAUUAUCUUUGAAUAAAUAAUUUAAAGAAAGAAUA